CGGGCGCUUUGUCUGGUGCUCUACACUCGCCAUGACAUGGAUACUUUAUGGCAAUACCAGUUCAGGAUCAUUCUACUGGGUGACUCGACGGUUGGCAAAUCAUCUUUACUGAAGAGGUUCACGGAUGGCAUAUACAGCGAUGUAGCGGACCCGACGGUCGGUGUGGAUUUCUACGCCCGUUCACUAGACAUCGAACCGGGGGUGAAAAUCAAACUACAGCUCUGGGAUACAGCCGGACAAGAGCGAUUCAGGUCCAUCACCACUUCAUACUAUCGCAACUCUGUGGGCGGCCUCCUAGUCUUUGACCUGACUAAUAGGAAUACCUUCGAUCAUGUGCGGGAAUGGCACAGAGAAGUCAGCGAGCACAUCCUGCCCCAUCACAUGGUCUACAUCCUGAUUGGCCACAAGAGCGACCUGAACCGCGACCGCAAGGUGUCGCGAGACGAGGCGGAGCAGUUGGCGGCCGAACUCGGCAUCCGUUACGUGGAAACUUCAGCCAAGUGCAACAGCAACGUGGAACGCGCUUUCGAGCUGCUCACACGGGACAUUUAUGAGCUGAUGAAUAUGGGGGAGAUAUCCACCCGUGAUGGCUGGGAUGGGGUCAAAAGCGGCCUCACCGCUAAAGUUCUUUACCCAGCUGAGGAGGCGGCGGAGCGAGACAAGAGCUGCAACUGCUGACUCCCACAAUCCACCAGUAUCCUCUCACCUGUGUAUCUGUCAGUUAUUGCUAACCUCGGCUUUCACUAAGGGCGCCUACACACUAGAGUUGCGUCAGAGAAUGUUGCCAAUCCAUUGAUUUCAAUGGGUAUGGUGUGUCAGAAAGACGUAGAGGAAAAACGCAAGUGUUUGCGGAAGUGAUGCGGCCAUUGACCAAUGAGAAUUUCAGACAGAUGGGUCCAGUUGUGUUUUCGGAAAUCCAAUGCAUAUUCCCUAUUGAUUCCGAACUGACCCGGUUCUUUACAUUCUCUGAAAAUUGAGUUUACGCAUUCCUAUUUUUCAAGUGCUCCAUCAGAGCUUGUUUCUAGUGUGUAUGCGCCUGAACGCAUCACAUCAUGGUCACUGCCUCAGGUUCUGGUCUCUUUUCCCCAACUGCACUUACCUUAUUGUUGCUGUAUGAGGUUAUGAGUUCUCUCAACGCAAGCCACUAAGAGAUGUUCCUUCCUUCCAGUGUGAUUACUGAUUAAGUAUAAGUGUAGUAUGUUUGGACUGGAAUGGAUUGGCCCUUCUUCAUUUUAUAGAAGGCCAUCCCAUGAUCAGAAGUCACCAGUGGUUAAAAGAGAUUGCAGCAGUCUUGUGGACAGUAAUGUUUGACUAAACAUUUUUAUUUGUCAGUGGGUUUUCACGGCCUAGUUCUCUUCUUUCCACAUUCUCACGCACAGUGAUUUUAAGAUUUUAGGAAACAUCGUCAUUUGUAGUUAUUUAUUUGGCUUGUUCCAUUUCACUUAACCAUGAUCACUGUGGCAAAUUCACAUUGAGAGAAAAUAUCUUGAAGGAAUCUAGAGACUACAGUCUUAUCCAUAUUGUCUAUUGCAACCUGGUCUCAUAGAAUGAGCGUCACUAUAACUACAUUUUUGCAAACUGACUUUAAUACCGCGCUGUAUGUUUCGCCACAGUUUCCUGGUGAAAUGGUGGAGGCACUACAACAAAUGUGCGUUUAAUUCACUUUCACACAAAUCACGAGUACAACGGCUGAUUAUGACUUUAUAAACACUGCUAUGAUAUGAUAUGAUAUCAAAACACUUUUACUAUAACGCAUCAUUUGAAAAAUUAUAUAUUUUAACAUUUGUAUUACAGACUCACCUACAUUAACACACUUAUUUCAAUGUCAUUAGCUUGCGUGUUUGACAUCUAGUUUGACAUCAUUUAAGCACGCAAGCUGACCCUUGAGAUGAGAGUGUCAUAGAAGAGACACGAGAUGACGUGGUUGUUUCAGAAAUCUCAUUUUGCAUUUGGACACUAUCGGUUAGGUUUAGGUUAAAGUUUUAAGUUAAUGAGGUAUGUUUUACACAUUAAAGCCUCCAUCUACUAUUCACCUUAAAAACCUUAUCUGAUUACGGCACAAUUUCACUCGCUUUUGGCGCCCCCCGCUGGACAGUGCAGCAAAACGUGUUUUGAAGCAGGUCAUUUUGUUUAGCAAUAAUGUGCCCACAGUCAUGUAAUGUUCAUGAGAUCUGGCUGGUCUUACCCUUUAAGUGAGAUGAAAAUGAGACAGAGUUAGACAGCAUCACAAAAAUUUGCAACCUGGUCUCAUAGUUACUAUACCUACUGUACAUGCUUAUUUUAACCUGUCCCGUUGUACAAACUGCCACAGUUUCCUGGUGAAAUGAACACUAGAGCCGCCAAACAAAUCUGAUUAAUUUUCACUAAAAUCACAAGUUAAAUGGCAGAUUUUCAGUUCAUAAUCACUUUUGCUAUCUUAGGACAUCUAAACACUUAUAGCACAUGACUUGUAAGGCGAUACACUUUAACGUUUGCAUUUCAUAACAACUACAUUAACAAGCUUCUUUGAGUGCGAUCAGAUUGUACGGUAGUUCAGGUACGAGUCCUAAAGUGCAUGUGAGUCGACACAUGAGCUGAAAGUGUCAUAGAAGCACCACAAAUUGAAAUAGUUGCUUUAGCAAUUGUGUUUUUCCAUUCGCAUUUGCUUUUCAUGACACUACCAGUUAGGUUGAGGUUUAAGGAUUAGAAUAGGGAGGUCGGUUUUGUUGACUCAAAACUCGAUAGAACAUUAACCUUUGGGAGAAUAUUUAACUCACUUUUAGCGCCACCCAGUGGACAUUUCACCUUGGAACUGCCUUCAUACAUGUAAUUAACCUUGUAAUUUUAUUUUGCAAAAAUGUUGCCACAGUUGAGUCAUUUUUAUAAGAUCAGGCCACAAAAUUGAGCUUGCAUAGCUAGAAGCAUUAGCAUUCAUGAACUUGUAGAGUUUCGUGCCUAAGAGCAGAUUGUUAUCGGCUGGUAAUUUCUGGGGAAAAGGGCAAGAGUCUCUGACUAAUAAAUGGGUCUGCAAAUGUAAUUUAGCUCAAUAUUCUCUGAUUUACCCACAUUUCUCAUCCUGUCAGGAGAAAUAAUAAAAUUCCACUCUAUUACUCAAUUUAUACCACUUAGUUGGUGCAGCCCAAGCUCUGCAGAAAUCACUAUGUGCACAUGGGCCAAAAUAAUGUAAUCAUUUGUAAAAUUAUUAAAAUAAAAAAAAUAAAAAUAAUUGUAAAUCCAGCCUAUUUUCAUUUAAAAUGUCAUCUUGUUUGUGGAUAAGUACGUAAUAUUUUAUCAUAUUAUUUUUAUUUUUUGAGGAAAGGCUGUUUCAAAAAGAAAAUUAUUCUGACUUAUAACAUAAUUCAUUAAAGCAGAAAAAAACAAAACAAACAAACAAUCAAACGCUCAGAGCACCUUAUCAACUGAAAGGAAACGACCCGGCAGCCACCCACAACACUCUAGCAUUGUAGUUUUGUUUCUCAAUCACUGCAUAUGAACCCUGGCCCAUGUGCUUCAUCGGAGCAGGUCAGAGGUCACAGGAAUUAGAUCAUAAUUACAGGAGACAUCUCAUCACACCAGCAUUCUUCUAUAAUGCCACUAUUACAGACCAUAACUCUUUAUCUUACACCCGGCAUAGCUGAGUGUCUGAGCUCUGUCAUGUGCUGUUGGCAUUACUGCAUGCAUUUCUGUAUAGCUGAACAUAUUGUACAUAGCAACAGGGCACAAUGUACUUAAACAGGUCAGGAGAGGCUUUGGCUGAAGCAAAUGGUUUGUGUGGCUUAACCACAGGUCAGCAGCCUUUGUUAACAGUUGUAACAUCUCUUUUGUUUUCAUACAUAUCUCAAGGAAUAGGAAGUUGAGACAACAUGAAAGAGAGGAAAGCUUUCAUUGUUCUAGAACAUCAAAAGUAAAAUUCACUUUUGUUAAUCAUUCACAUUUUAUGUACAAACUGCCAAAAGCUUCAAGGAUUUACUUGUGGUCCUGUACAGUAAGUUCUCCUCUUCUCUUGCUCCUUGUGUGUUUGUUUAUUAAAUAUUUUGAUGAUGCUUUGAGCUACCUAUGUGUGCAGUAUGGUAGAGUAUUUACAUCCAUUCUGCAGAAUUCUGCAUGGAUCCC